GUCACUUGUCAAAAUAUUUAUCGUGGCGUCUAUUUUCCUUUUUCCGAAAUUCGUGAAAAUUCUGGUGAAAAGAGUAUGUCGCAACGUUUUCCACCCUCCUCAGGAGCUCCUGUUCCUCCUGGGGGACAGCCACGUUAUCAGCAACCCCCACCCGGGGCUAUGAGACCCUAUGCUGGUCCCAAUUUUCCGCGUGGCUUUACAGCGCCACCGCAGAUGGGCAGUGGCCCUCCACCCGGUGGACCUAUGCACCCCCGUACACCGCAACCGCCCUUUCAGGGCCCCAUGCGUAGUUCAAUGCCGAACGCACCGAGUGGGAAACGCCCUCAGGACAGUCGUGGGGGCCCAAUGGGGAAUCCGCAGCAGAAGAGUGAGUAUGGACCGUCGAAGAAGAAGAAGAAGCUUGCGGAUAAGAUUCUGCCACAGAAGGUGCGAGAUUUGGUGCCUGAAUCCCAAGCAUACAUGGACUUAUUGGCAUUUGAGCGUAAACUCGAUGCCACAAUCAUGCGGAAACGCCUCGAUAUUCAGGAAGCACUUAAGCGCCCUAUGAAGCAGAAGCGCAAGCUCCGGAUCUUCAUUUCAAACACCUUCUACCCACCGAAGGAGCCCACAAAUGACGGUCCUGAACCAUCGGCCGAGGGUACGGUGGCAUCGUGGGAACUCCGCGUGGAGGGGCGUCUGCUGGAAGACACCAAAAGCGAUCCCAAUAAGAUUAAGCGCAAGUUCUCGUCAUUCUUCAAAUCGCUCGUCAUUGAGCUGGACAAGGAGCUGUAUGGGCCAGAUAAUCAUCUUGUUGAGUGGCAUCGCACCCACACAACACAGGAAACUGAUGGCUUUCAAGUGAAACGUCCAGGAGAUCGCAAUGUACGUUGCACCAUUCUCCUCCUGCUCGACUAUCAGCCGUUGCAGUUUAAGCUCGAUCCGCGUCUUGCACGUCUUCUGGGUGUUCACACACAGACACGUCCUGUAAUUAUUUCUGCCCUCUGGCAGUACAUCAAGACGCACAAACUCCAGGAUGCCCAUGAGCGGGAAUUUGUGAAUUGUGACAAAUACCUGGAGCAGAUCUUUACGUGCUCCCGCAUGAAGUUUGCCGAGAUACCGCAGCGUCUCAAUCCGCUUCUUCAUCCUCCAGAUCCCAUUGUCAUCAAUCACGUUAUCUCCGUGGAAGGUGGGGGUGAGAGCAAGCAAACAGCUUGCUAUGACAUCGAUGUGGAGGUUGAUGAUACACUGAAGAAUCAGAUGAAUAACUUCCUGCUGAGUACAGCAAGUCAGCAGGAAAUUCAGGGACUUGAUUCGAAAAUUCACGAAACCGUGGAGACGAUUAAUCAACUCAAGACAAAUCGCGAGUUUUUCCUCAGCUUCGCCAAGGACCCACAGACAUUCAUCCACAAAUGGAUUAUUAGCCAGACGAGGGACUUGAAAACGAUGACUGAUGUCGUUGGGAAUCCCGAAGAAGAACGUCGUGCGGAAUUCUUCUACCAACCAUGGACUCAAGAGGCUGUUUCGCGUUACUUCUACACGAAAGUUAACCAGAAACGGGCUGAACUUGAGCAAGCUCUUGGGAUACGCAACUCUUAAAAUAAAAAUGAUUGCGAUAAUUACAUAAAAUGAUUUUCAUUCUGCUCACCCUCCCUGUGUGCAGCUUGCCCGGAGGAGAGAUGACGAGGAAACAAUGCGUGGCUUUUAUCGCGAGAUGGGAGGUCUACACGCGCGAUUAAAAGCUAACAAUUUAGUAGUUUUGGUGUGUGGAGCCGUAUAAAUUUUAAUCUCAACCACAAUAUAGCAUAAUAGUUUUAAGGAUCAUCCUCUUCUUUCCCGCAGCAUUUAUAAAAUAAAUCCACAUUAUAUACUUUAAUAACAAAAAAUAAAAUAAAUCUUACUUAGAGACACUUUGAAGGGAA